AUGAACAACAAGAUGAAGCAGAUCCUUCCGAUCGUGUUUGCCGCUAUCACAUUCGCCUCGACUGCUACAGCCUACAAUCCACCAACCGGGCCGUUUGCUACCCGAUUCUGGGACUGUUGCCCCGCCGCUUUUGCCUGGAGCAGCGACAAGGUGGCUGUACAUUCUCCAGUGGAUAUGUGCGAAAAGGACGGCGUCACUCCGAUCCCGCAGAAAAGUCAGCUGUCUGGAAAGAAUGGCUGCCAAGGCGGUAACAUGUUUGCCUGCAAUUGUAUCACGCCAUGGAUGGAUACUGUCGACCCGGAGCUAGCUUAUGGUUACGGCGCCUACAAUAUCCAUGAUCCGGAUGGCACAAUCGAAAGCGCAUGCUACUUAGUCGAGUUCUUACCUCAAGAUCCCAACGGUAAAACGAUGAAGGUGCGCAAGAUGAUCGUGCAGAACAUUAACACGAGCCAAGAGCUUCCCAAGGGCAGCUGGGACCUCAACCUGGCCGGUGGCGGGGUAGGAGCCUGGCCUCAGGGAUGCACCGGCCAAUGGGGAACCGAUUGGGGUAAACAGUAUGGCGGCGUAGAUAACGAGCAGUCGUGCUGCUCGCUCCCCGAAGGCCUUCGUUCAUCGUGCUUGUUCCGCUUCAGAAUGCUCGGUGAGAACCCUGGCUUGGCCUUGACGCCAAAGCGAGUGCGAUGUCCGGUCGGUAUCAUCGACCGAAGCGGUUCGCAGAGGCAGGACGAUGCAAGCGUAGCACCAUACAGUGGUAAGACGGACAAGACUGGCUAUCCAGCCCCUGACAAGUAUCAGCGCAACCGAAGUGUCUGCCAAAACGUCGAUCCAAUCGGCAUCGUAACCUCCGUUUGCGGCGGGACUCCCGGUGGGGCUCGCCUGCCCAAGGGUUCAGGUAUGAUUCGUCAAGACGGGCCUGGAGCAACUGUUCCCGAUGACAGCACGGGCUCAACACCUGCAGUGGGUCAGCCAGAGGGCUACGGUGCGGCUCCCGAUGCAAGCGGGCUCACCGGUGGUGGUAAGACGGACGCCGGAUCUCCGACAGGUGAGGCGCCAACGACACCUGAGAACGGGGUCGAGGGUGACAAAGUCCCAACUGCACCUGACGAGCAGAUGUCGAGUGGAGCUUCUCAACCUGGAGCAAGUGUCUCGUCGCAGGACAAUCUUCCCCAAGACACGGCGCCUCACGAUCAGGACAGAGGGGUUGGUGCUGGGGCCGGAAUAUCUCUGCCCAACUUUACAGGCUCUCAAGGUGCUUCUGCCGAUGGGUACCAUCCCGAGAAUCACGGCGGCAGAUCUGCUGGUCACCGUCGCGGAGUGUGUGCUCCUGCUAAGCACAGACGUUGA